AUGAAUUCCUCUCUUUUUUUUCUCUCUACCAUUCAGUUCCUCUCUUUUUUUCUCUCUACCAUUCAGUUCCUCUCUUUUUUUCUCUCUACCAUUCAGUUCCUCUCUUUUUUUCUCUCUACCAUUCAGUUCCUCUCUCUCGGCCUGGUGUCUCGUGCCACAUAUGCUUCGACUGAACGUCUCCACUCGGCCCUGCCCCAAGAUACCGCUCGUGCCUCACCCCUUGUUCACCACUUCACCAAUCGCCAUGUCGUUCUUGAAAAGAAAGAAGAGAGAAAAAAUAUUAUAUUUUAUUUCUUCUUCUUCCUUUUCUUUGUAGAAGAGACUAUAUCUUGUGUCUUUCUUUCUUCUUUACUCUUCUUAUUUAUACCUUUUCAAAAAAAUCUUCUCCAUCCAAUCCCCCACCCAUUUACUUGUUUCACAUCAGUCUUUUGUGAAUAUUUUGUAUCUUUGUUUGAGGGGGAUAAACUUUUUUUUUUUUCUUUCUUUCUUUCUUUCUUUCUUUCUUUCUUUUUAACACUUUCCCAUCACUCCAGACGGCCCGCACCAUCCCCCCCUUUCCCCCAGUUUUCUUCUUGCCUUCUUUCCUUCAUUUUUUCUUUUUCCCUUCUUUUUUUAUUUAUUAUAAGCUGUUUCUCUGACACGAUGUUUCCAAGUACAGAUUUUUCUGUCUUUCUUUAUCUCUUGUUUGUUUUUAUCUUCUUACUCCUGUUUGUCCUUUCUUUCUUUCUUUUCUUCUUUCUUUCUUUCUUUCUUUCUUCAUAUUUCGACCAGAGCCUUUCCUUUCCUUCUUUGUAUUUCUUUCUUUAUCAUUUCCAUCUCAAUCUCUACAAAUCACCCCAAAACAUUCAUUCCUUUUCCCUCGUCUUUUUUUCUUGGUCCGAUCAACUUCCCACCUCUUUUUUUAUCUAUCUAUCUAUCUAUCUAUCUAUCUAUCUAUCUAUCUAUCUAUCUAUCUAUGCCAGUCUUUUCAUUAUCUAUCUAUCUAUCUAUCUAUCUAUCUAUCUAUCUAUCUAUCUAUGCCAGUCUUUUCAUUAUCUAUCUAUCUAUCUAGCUAGCUAG